AUGUCAGCAUUACUACCCAGCGAGGCGGUUACGCUGCUCUAUCGGCGAUACCUAAAGGCUGCGAACCGUAUUCCAAAUGUUACUAUUCGUAUGUUAUUACUGCAACAGAUCCGCUCUGGUUUUAGGCGCAAUAAAGGCAUGACAAGCCCUUCAGCGCAGCGUGAACUUAUUAGUCAAGCACAUAAGGACUUGCAGGUAUUAGAAGAUGAUCGACUUUCACGAACAUUGUACAUUAACCGUCUCGGUCUGGUAUCAUGUCUUGAUUGGGAGGUGCGUCGGACGGAGUACAAUUUCACUCCACAGUCGCAGUACUUUAUUGCUGCCAUUAUCAUCUGUGGUUUUCUUUUCCUUUUACUGAUAGUGAUGAAUGCUGAGUCGGUUGAGUUGCGACACCCUGAAAUUAAUGCUAUGGUGGGAGCAAUGGCCAUGCGUCUCGAGGCAGAUUCACCAGAAGAAUUAAAUGCUCUGCGUGAACGGCAGGUUCGUGCCGGGUUAGAACGUCAAGAGCAUCAACUUUCAUUGGAGCAGCGUGUACUAGCAACAUUUCACGAGGCACCUAAUUUGAAAUUGAUGCCACCAUCCCUGCGUAAUCCAGGUGGUGUUAUGCAUUAUGAGGAAUGA